CCCUCUACAGAACGUUUGAAAUCCAUAUCAUAUAUGCGAGCGUAUGACAGCACAUGGUGUUGGAAUAAAUUUUAAUCCAAAGUAAUUUUGUAAUUUUUUUUCUUAAUUCGUGAGAGAAGCCUAUUUCUAAGAUGCCGAAAUCGAAGAGGGAUAAAAAAAGUAAUUUUCCAGAUUUCUCUUACUAAAACUAAUAGAAAGGGUUUAGUUUUAAAACAACGGAUUAUGGAAGAUGUUAAGAAAUGUGUAGAAGAAUACAAUCGCAUAUUUCUAAUUUCUAUUCAGAAUACACGCAACACUAAACUCCUCGAGUUACGUACUGAAUGGAAAGAUAGUAAACUUUUUUUCGGUAAACUCAGAAUAAUUGCCUUGGGCCUAGGAAAAUCAAGAGAAACCGAAGUUGCGGAAGGCAUACAUAAAUUAGCUAAUGCAUUAAAGAAUCACUCGAUGAAAGGCCAGUGUGGUCUGUUAUUCACUAAUAGGCCAAAGGCACAGGUAAUAGAAUGGGCAAAGGAUUAUGAAGAAAUGGAAUUUGCACGUUCUGGAUUUGUAACACCUGAAACAGUAGAGUUACCUGAAGGACCUCUGCCACAGUUCCAACAUAGCAUGGAACCGCAGUUGCGACAAUUGGGUAUGCCUACAUCGCUACAAAAAGGAGUUAUCACUUUAAUCAAACCAUUUAAAGUUUGUCAGAAGGGUGAUGUAUUGAAACCAGAGCAGGCACAAAUUUUGAAAUUAUUGGAUAAACCAUUAGCAGUUUUUAAACUUCUGCUAUUGGGAGUAUACACUAAAAAACAUGGUUUUAAGAAAUUGACAAUACCAGAUGUCGCGAAAGAGAAUGAUGAAGAAGAAAUGGACGUGGAGAACAAUGAUAAUACAUAAUUUAAGGAUAUAUUAUAUAACUU